AUGACCUGGGUUUCGAAAGUAACGACGGCCUUUGGCCUCGUCCUCCUCGCCCAUUCAUGCUACUCCGCACAAGAAUUCUCCUCUCUCCAAACCUUUCGAUCUACGGGACUUUCACAACCGGCCACGACCUCUUUGCCCAUCGACAUCGCCAUCGAAACUAUCACGGCAUUGCUCAUUGCAAGUCUUGGCCUCGUGCUUGGGACACAGCAGCUCAAGCCAAUCCAGUGGCAUGUGUGGGCCGGGAAGAUCGAGCGCGAGGGGACGAAAGGGACGAACAGCGCCGACAUGGAUGCAAAUAAGGACUAUGUCGGAAAUCCGUUCCGAUUCCUGGAGACAAGACCUGGCUUUGCCGACAUUCGACGCCAAAGAAAGACGUUUGGAGACUGGGUAAGAGACGGCGGGGAUGGGAAGUAG